AUGCAUCGUGCCGGCAUGCUUUGUCGUUUGGCAUCGCCAAGCCGAGCGGCCACGAUUGCCGUACGGAGCUCAUCGUCAAAUGUAGGGAAACCACCGAAUCCGAUCGCUGCCCCCACAACGCAGGUUCGACAGCAGUCGCUGGCAUCUGCCGUCAGCUCGGAGCCAUUCAUGAAUGCCACCUCAUCCAUGUACAUUGAGCAGAUGUAUUCCGCAUGGAAAGCAGACCCGAAGUCAGUUCAUGCAUCGUGGGACGCAUACUUCAGGAAUGUUGAAGGCGGUGCUGCUCCUGGUCAAGCCUACCAGGCCCCACCCACUGCGUAUGGUGCUGUCGGUGUUCCAGGAGUUUUGCCCCUGAUUCCAGGGGUUCCAGUCGGCGGAGGAUUCACCAUGCCUCAAAUGAUGCCAUCGCCUUCAAAGGUACCCGCUACAGGACUCGAUAGCUCAGUACAGGCGAUCUCAGAUCAUCUCAAGGUUCAACUUCU